AUGGCGGUGCUACAACCUCGUGGCCGGCGAGACUCUCGCGCAUCGGCGCUAUCACGCAACCUCAUGUUUGACCGCGACAUGCAUGGUAAUGCCCCAUCAGAGUCGCUGGUGGAACAUGCAAACCUGGGCAGUCCUCCCGGUCCAAUGGGCGCAGAAUCCUCCAGUUAUAAUGGCUCAACAAUGCGAACCCCAAACCGCUCAUUUUAUCAUCGGUCGUUCAAUACCAAUAUGGACCCGGCUCAUUAUGCUUCAGAUGGUCUCCGUGACCAGACCGCCGAACUCGCUACCUACGGCCUUUCGCUGAAUAAGAAAUCUCACCUGAGAGAUGGUCCCGGGUUACCCCCCAGCCUUGAUAUAUUCCACGGCAGCCAGAGUUCUGCAGGUCACCUCCAGGAUGAGGCUACAAGUUCCCAUACUGCUUUGGGGGAGGCGUUUUUGGAGCCGGAAUAUGCCUCUGUUGAUCCUUCUACAUCCUCAGCUUCUUCGGCCUUGACAGCGAUGAUUCGCCGUCCAUCGACAGGUACGGCCGAAGACCAGGCCAAGCAACCCGAGACUGACGAGAUCUCAUUUCCUCCGCCGCCGACGAUCUAUGAGGAAUCGGAACUAGAAACUGAGCGCACCUCGUUAUUAUCGAAGACACGAUCUAAAUCCAUACAAAAUUAUGGAAGUUCAGGCGACGCAGAGAACCAAAGGGCUGCUGUCAAACGGCCAUCAAACAUAAUAAACAAAGGGAUAUCAUCUGUGGCUCACUAUUCUCGGACCCUGUCAAACCCAAAGUCGUGGGAUAAGCGAGCCAUAUGGAAUGAUGCUGUGGUAUACCCUGCAAGUCUGAUCCCCGCUGUAGUGCUGGGGCUUCUUCUCAAUAUCCUUGAUGCUUUGUCCUAUGGAAUGAUCUUGUUCCCUCUGGGAGAACCCCUGUUUGCUCAUCUAGGAACUGACGGUAUCUCGAUGUUCUAUGUCAGUACCAUUAUCUCCCAGGUGGUAUUCUCUUGUGGUGGCUCGAUCUUCAAAGGUGGAAUAGGAAGUGAAAUGAUCGAAGUAGUACCCUUCUUCCACCAAAUGGCGUUUACCAUUAUGAACUCAAUCGGCAAGGACAAUCCGAAGUCAGUCAUCGCGACGACCAUCCUAGCCUUCUCGGUCAGCUCGAUCCUCACCGGUUUGGUGUUCUUCUUGAUGGGGGUCUGCGGACUAGGCUCGCUCAUUGGCUUCUUCCCGCGUCAUAUCCUCAUUGGGUGCAUCGGUGGUGUGGGCUACUUUCUUCUACAAACGGGAAUGGAGGUUUCAGCCCGGCUUCCUGGGUCUCUUGAGUAUAAUAUACCCACGAUCCAGAAACUUUUCCAUCUUGACACUUUCCCUCUUUGGAUGAUACCCCUGUUCCUUGCAGUUGGUCUCCUUGUUUUGAAGCGGUUUGUCCGCUCCAAUUUCCUCGUCGGUGGCUAUUUCAUCGCUGUUGGUGCAGUGUUCUACAUUGUCAUUCUAAGUGCCAGGGUAUCCAUGGGCUCUCUGCGCCACAAUGGAUGGGUCUUUGAUGCUCCAGCUUCCAACAAUCCUUGGUACCACUUCUAUAGCUUGUACGAUCUCUCGGCAGUUAAUUGGACUGCUUUCACCGAGACAAUCCCCGCCAUGUUUGCGUUGACAUUCUUUGGUGUGCUUCAUGUGCCAAUCAACGUACCUGCUCUUGGAAUAUCCACGGGUGAAGACAAUCUCAACGUUGAUAGAGAGCUCAUGGCACAUGGCGUGACAAACGCACUUUCAGGGUUUGUUGGAAGCAUUCAGAACUAUCUGGUCUACACCAACAGUCUUCUUUUCAUUGCAAGUGGCGGAUCCUCUCGGUUGGCCGGUCUGAUGCUGGCCGCGGCCACCGCAGGGAUCAUGGUCAUUGGCCCCGUCAUCAUUGGCUAUAUCCCCAUUAUGGUCGUUGGUGCCUUGAUCUUCUUGCUAGGCAUUGAGCUUUUGCAGGAAGCCCUGGUAGAUACCUGGGGAAAACUCUCCCGGCUUGAAUAUCUAACAGUUGUCAUUAUCGUCGUGACGAUGGGCGCCUGGGAUUUCGUCGUCGGAAUAUUUGUUGGCAUCAUCUUGGCAUGCGUGAAUUUCGUCGUUCAGACGUCUCGCAAAUCUGCCAUUCGUGCCACAUACUCGGGGGAGAUUGCCGGGUCGACAGUCCGACGUCCUCCUAUCCAACAACAAUUUUUGCGUGAGGCUGGGCAGCAAACGAUGAUCAUAAAACUUGGUGGAUAUCUCUUCUUCGGAACCAUCGUGAAUGUCGAGAACACCAUGCGUGGUCUGAUCGAGGAUGAAGCCUUUGACCGCCGACCCAUUCGAUUCCUCAUUCUCGACUUCUCUCGUGUCUACGGGCUCGACUUCUCGGCCGCCGAAGCAUUCACCCGCAUCAAUCGCGUUCUCCGAAAGCGCAACGUACAGACAGCCAUUUCUGGCCUGAAUGUUGAAGGUGAUGUGGGCAAAUCACUACAGAAUGUUGGCCUAUUCGAGCCAGAGUCCGGUGUUCCCAUAUUUGAGGACCUUAAUUCGGCCCUCGAGUUCUGUGAAAAUGACUACCUGAAAGUGUUCUACAGUCGACAGGAGGCACUCUCAACACCAACUGACCCAACCGCCAACUCCGAACUCCUCGAAGUCCCCGUCUCCGUCCCCGUGCCCUCGGGAUCUCAAAUCACCUCCUUAGCCGACAAUGUUGUCAGCUCACCUCGCCGCCAGUACCUGCAACGUGUAGCGACCUCAACCAUCCAAGCGCACGAAACAGCAAUGAUGGCUUCCCCCGCCUGGUCCGCCAUGCGCCAACCUCUCCCACUACUCCUCCAAACAUUCCAAGGCCUCUCAACCCAAAACGAAGAUUUCUGGUUCCCCGUCUGCUCCUACUUCUCCCGUGAGUACUAUCCAGCCGAGACAGUUCUGUACCACGAAGGCGACGCUCCGCGCGCCUUCUAUCUCCUCGAGUCUGGCAUGCUGCGCGCCGGCUACGAUCUCCCACAGGGCCGGUAUUUCGAGCUCAUUGUCGCUGGUCGACCGUGUGGCGAAUUGCCCUUCUUCAGUGACACACGCCGCACGGCGACUGUCAAAGCCGAGCGCGAUUGCGUGGCUUGGUGUUUGACGGGGGAGCAGUGGAAAGCGCUGCAGGAUGAAGAGCCGCGUAUUGCUCGUGAGCUGUUGACUGUCAGCUUGAAGUUGACGACUGAGCGCAUGGAUAGCAUUACUUCGUAUGUUUUGACGAUGGCGGCUUGA